AUGGGCUCAGACAUCUGGGUCGGCCCGUGGCGGCCACACAGACCCCGCGGGCCCAUCGCAGCGCUCUCCAGUGGCCCGGGGCCCAAGUACAAGCUGCCGCCGAACACGGGCUAUAUCCUCCACGACCCUUCUCGGCCCCGCGCCCCCGCCUACACCUUCGGUGCACGCCUCCCCACCCAGCAGCAAUCGUGCAGCCCGGGGCCCGGCCACCUGGUGCCUGCCCGCAUGACCGUGCGCGGCCCCGACGGCUCCCCCUCCUAUUCCAUCUACGGGCGCCCUCGCGACGCGGCGCGCUUCCACACUCCCGGACCGGGCAGAUACUUCCCGGAACGAGCUGGGAAUGUGGCGUACCCAAGCGCGCCUCGGCACACCAUCGCACCUAGAAACUGGGGUGUCCAAUCUGAUCAGCAAACCCCAGGCCCCGGAACCUACACGGUGCCCUCCCUCUUGGGCUCCCGCGCCAUCGACAAAAUCUCCGCCCCAACUUACUCCAUCUACGGCCGCAGCGCAGUGGGCACCUUCUUCGAGGAUCUCAGCAAGACGCCAGGCCCCUGCGCCUACCACGUGGUCAGCCCCGGGGUCUACAAGUCCCGGGCCCCCCAAUUCACCAUGCUGGCGCGAACUUCAUUACCAGAAGACAACACCCAGAAGCCAGGGCCCGCAGCCUACAACGUGGACAAGCACCGGAAGCCUGGCGGCUGGAGCUUCGGGAUCCGGCACUCUGAUUACCAGGCCCGGAUCUUGACCAACAUGGAUGAUUGA